UUUAGCAACACUGCCAUAUCAGCUGAGGCUCUAGUAUCCAAUACACUUCAGGCUGACGGGAAAGCGUCGUUUGGUUUGAUAGCAUGGCACAAUUCGAAAAGGAAAUCGUUCAGGCGGUACUCAUAGCCGACAACAAUGUAUGGAACUUCAAGCCGCUUUCCGACGAAGGCUCUACGGCCCUGCUUCCCCUGGUCAACGUGAGCAUGCUGGACUAUGCAUUGAUAGCACUGAAUCGCAGCGGAGUUGAGGAGGUCUUCGUCUAUGCCAGCCUUUACCUCCAGGAAAUUCGCGACCACAUCAAGGCAGGGAUUGCCACGUAUGCCUCCUGGUCCUUCAAAAUGACUGUACACAUGAUUGGGGGCGAGGGAUGCCGCUGUUUCGGCGACGCCAUGCGAGAUCUCGACGCCAAGGCCCUAAUCCGGGGUAAUUUCAUCCUUAUGGGCGCUGAUACUGUCACCAAUGCAGACCUACGGCCGGUUCUGGACCAGCAUAAGCGGAUGGCAAAGUUCGACAAGGGCACAGCCGCCACCCUGGUGUUUAAGGAGUGCGCAAUUAAUGACCGCACCGGCAACGAGCUUCUCAUUGCUGUCGAUAAGCAAAAUGCGCGCCUCCACUAUCACCAGCGCCUGCGAAUGAACCACAAGGAAGCGCGCUACCAGAUUCCCCUUGACGUAUUUCUUGGAAACUCUUGCGUCGCGCUGCAUCACAACCUCCUGGACCCGCAAAUCGCGAUCGGCUCACCCUCGAUGCUUUCGCUAUUUAGCGACAACUUUGACUUCCAGACGCGCGACGACUUCGUGCGUGGUCUGCUCAUCAACGAGGAGUUGCUGGACAGCCGCAUCUACGUAGCCCUGCUGCCGGCCGCCCAGUACGCGCACAAAGUCAAUAACUGGCCCUCCUACCAGCUUGUAAGCCGGGACAUCAUCAAUCGCUGGGCUUACCCACUCGUUCCUGACAUGGGCGUCUACAAGUUGCACCAGCAGUACGUCUUUCACAAGGACAACAUCUACAAAAGCCACGAGGCGCACGUGUCCAAGGUAGCGCUCCGUGAGAAUGUGGUGAUCCAGGCAGGCAGCCAUGUGGAGGCAGGCACUGUAAUCAGCGACACGGUCAUUGGGGAAAACUGCCGCAUCGGAAAGAACUGUCAGCUGAGCAAUGUGUUCUUGAUGGCCAACGUGACCAUACAAGAUAACUGCCGGCUGAAACACUGCGUGGUGGGAUCCAGCGCCGUCAUUGAAGCGGACUGCGACAUCAGCGCCGGUUGCGUCGUGGGCGCCAAGUGCGUGCUCCCAAGAAAGACGAAGCUGGCCAAGACCCUGGUCACCAGCUCACCGAGCACAAAACGCAGGGCGGAACAGGAGCAGGAACAGGAUUACGAGGCAGUGGAGCUAGAGGCCAUUGGACCGCAGGCCUACAUCGUGAGCGACAUCACCACGGGGGAUCCCGACGACUCGGAUGACGAGGAGCUGCUGCCGCAGCAAACGCUCUGCAUACCCAAAAUGGGUGAACUGUUGGCGCCACUGGACGACAUCAGCUACUGCAGCGACGUCAGCGACGACGACGAUGGAGGGUCGCAAGCCGUCACGCCCCUACCCGACGACACCAACAUUUUCCUAAGCGAGGUGAUCGAUUCGCUGUCCCGCGGCUUCAGGGAGAAGUCGAAUCCGGACUUCCUCAUAUUGGAGAUCAACUCCUCGCGCUAUGCCUACAACAUGUCCCUGAAGGAGGUUAACUUCAAUGUGGUCAAGGCCGUGUUCGGUAUGCAGUGCAUCGUCGAGCCGGCUAACAACAAUGUGCUGGUGGCCAUCAGCGCCGCCUUCAAGCAGCUGGGACCCGUGGUCUCCAACUACAUAAAGAGCGAGGAAGCCAUGCUGGACUGCUUGAAAGCCCUAGAGGACGUGUACGAGGAGAAUCCGCUGGUGCAGGAGAAGAUCUCGCAGAUUGUCCACUACCUAUACGACAAGGACUUCGUGUCGGAGGAUGCCAUCCAGGCGUGGUAUGCCCAACUCGGUGGCCAGGAGCAUGCCCAGCUGCGCCAGAGCCUCGUCAAGCUGGUCGACUGGCUGAAUCAGUCCAGCGAAGAGGAUGACAACGACAAGGAAGAGGAUUUUAGUGAAUAAAGCAAAGACUGCCACUA